AUGGGUUGGUUCAUGGGUACUGGUUAUGCUAUUCUUCAACAAUUACCCGGUGUCAACUAUCCCACUAUGCAUCACAGCAUUACUUGGAAGACCGCACUGGCCCGCAUUAUAUGUUACAAUUGUGAUAACGCUGGUUAUCGUCAAGAUACUUGCCCUAAACCCAAGAAAGGAUCCUCGGAUCGUGAAUUCAAGAAGGCUCGAAAGACCCCGUCUACCACCUCUUCUACGGAAGCUGACAAGUCCAAGUGGGCACCAAGCAAUAUCAAGAACUCGGAUGCGGGUAAGCCACAACCUCAGGGACAGCGACAGCAGCACCAGGACCAGCAACUCGGCAACUUGAAGCGACUCCAUCAAAAACGACAAUCUCAACAGUAUAUGGCGUCCCUACAUGCCCCUGGUUCAUGUCGCGACCUAGGUGAUGCUGUCUCAGGUGUUGAAGUCCCUCAAGAAGGGGAGGAUAGUGCCGUGGCUCACGGUGAUCUAGGUGAUACUGGUAUGGCUCUCGGUGUUUCUAGUGAAACUGGUAGUGCUGGUGAAACUGAUGGUGCUGGGUCUACUGACGAUGCAGAAGACAAUGCAAGAGAUCAAGACGACGCAAGGCUCUUCUCUCUGGAUGGAUUGAGUACUGACUCCUAUGACGAUGAUUUUGGAUCGAAUGGUGAUGAGGAGACUCAGGUGGGGACAGAGCCUCCGGGUAAGCGGCCUUGGAUAUCAGGUAACCUUGAAGAUAUGAAAUCGUUCGCAUGGCAAUAUUACACGGACCUAUACAAAGCUGAUCUCGUAGCGUCUAGUGACGUUGAAACAUAUUUGGAUACAGUGUCAUUUGGGAAUGUUCUGACAGUCGAUGAACAACAAUCCUUGAUGGUCCCUAUUACCCUGGAUGAACUGCUGCAACAGACGAAUCGCUCAGCGAAGGCCACAGCCCCUGGCAGUGAUGGCCUACCCUACCCUUUUUUGUCGCUCUUAUUCAAAAUGGCCCGCUUGAAAGAGCUCGUCUUACAGAUAUACAAUGAUGCUCUCAAUGGUAUCUCCCCCUCGUCUUGGCAUGAUCUGCGUAUUAGACUACUUCCAGAGAAGGGUCUGCUAGCCUUGCUCAAAAAUUGGCGUCCAAUCUGUCUUUUGGGCUGUGAUGGCAAAGUUUUUACCAGGCUUCUUGCUCAACGCAUGGCUCCUAUCCUUGGUCGUAUCAUCAAUCCGUUUCAAUCGGGGUUCCUACAACAACGCUUCAUCUGUGACAAUGGCAUGGCUUUAUCGAUGGCUUUGGAAGAGGCUCGCGCCUUUUACCAUACUGGUGCUAAUAUCCUGUUGGAACAGGAGAAAGCCUACGAUCGGGUGAAUGCUGACUAUUUGUGUGCUGUUCUUCUCCGGUUUGGGUUUCCAGCCAGUUUCGUGUCAUGCGUCAAACUCUUGUUCUUUAGCAAUGAUAUGGACAUCAACGUCAAUGGAUACUUCACCCCAGCUGUCAAACAGGAACGGGGUAUCACUCAAGGUGAUCCUCUGUCGCCUCUACUCUUCGAUGUUGCUCUCGAACCGUUCCUUCUCUCCAUACUGCAAGACCCCUACUUCCAUGGCUUUCGGGCGAGUAAUGGUGCAUCUGCCGAUACGAACUCUCGUGUGUCGUCGGCGAUCAAAUGUCUUGCGUACGCAGAUGAUGUCUGUGUCCUUCUUCGCGAUGAAUUAGAUUUGUAUCGUCUCCAGCAGCAUAUGGCCAAUUAUGCCGCCGUGUCUAAUGCCAAGUUCAAUGACGAUAAAUCGGAGGCCUUUUCUCUGUCUGGUCGUCGGUCGCCGGCAUGGGUGCGUGCGUUUGAAGAAAUUCAUGUUCACACCUACCACCACCAGGGUUCCAUUGCGGCUUUUCGGUAUUUGGGCCUGUAUUUUGCCUACAACCAUGCGCAACGGGCUCAAACGGAGGAAAUGCUCCUCAACACUGUCAAAACUCAAUGUGCCAUCUACAGCCAACGCCAAUUAUCCAUCAUGGGUCGCGUUACUGUUGUCAACAGCCUUAUUCUGUCCAAGAUGUGGUACAGCCUUCGCAUGCUCAGGCCAACCAAAAGGUUCUUGGUGAAUAUCAAAUCGUGUGUCUAUCAGUUUGUCUGGAAGAAGAAGUGGCCGUUAAUACGCAAGGAUCUCAUCUCCCUGCCCAAAUCGAGGGGUGGUCUUGCCGUACUCAACCCUUCUCUACAGCAGUUCACCCUACAAAAACGCUGGCUCAAUUACCUUGUUGAACCGCAGAAGUAUCCGUCCUUCCUGCUGCCCUUCCUGCUCUCACAUUUGUCCUUGCUCCCCGCGUCUUCAGACUUCCUCUACAUGGCCUUUUUGGAUGGUGAUUGCCGCAAAUCCCCUCUGCUACAUAAGGAUCUCUCCAUCUGGCAUUCCAUCUUCGCCUUGUAUGAUUACUUUGAGUUAAAUGACCUUCAAAAAGUUGGUGUCAUCCCGCUCCAGGCCAUCAUGCUGCUGCCGCUGCACAAGCUCCUCACUGGGCUUAGCGAUGACCACUGGCUCAGGCGUCACCCCAAGUUUCCCGCCAACAAGUUUCUGUUAUUCGAUACUUAUCAACAAAGGUGGCGUCUUCGUGUCGCGUCUGAAUAUCUCCCCCCCUCCCAAUCCAGCUUGGACUGGACUAAUUUUGAUUCCUUUGGUACUUUGAGCAUCACAGAUAAAUGGAAGCUGUAUCAUCCCAUCACAUAUCGCCAACAGCAACAACAGUUGGUCCCAUCAGAGCAUCGGUUCAGCAAUGCCAUGGUCAAAACAUUGUGGUCCUCUCCUGCCCACCCUACUGCCAGAACGGUUCUCUAUCGGGCAUUGUCGCGUUGCAUCCCGCAUAAAACCUACCUGUGCACUAUUGGCUCGGUGGAAAACUCAAUCUGUUCCUUUUGUGCCCAAGGCAUUGAUAUAUUGCGGCAUUUUGUCGUCGACUGUCCCGUCAAAUGGCAAUUAUGGCAAUCCGUCCUGUCUCAGUACUAUUCCGACUUUCCUCUGACCUCUGAAAUCAUUUAUGGCACAGUGCGUUAUCUGCAUCUUCCUCGCUUCAUCAAAGAUCGCUCCAAGUAUAUCACCGUCAUUUCUACCAUUUUCUGGCAAAUAUGGAAUCUGUACUGGCUUCACGGUAGCCAAAAUCCAUCACCCCUCUCACUUGACUCAAUUGAGCGCUUUCCCUCCAGGACAGUUGGCCAUAUUGACAACCUGCUCCCGACCAACACAUAA